GAUGUUCACGCUCUCCACCACCCUCGCGCACGCCGCCGUCAAGGCGAACGUCAAGGCGACGCGUAAAUCGCAAUCGCGCCGAGGCGCCGUCAAGGUCGCCGCGCAGGCGCCCGACGCGUCGAGCCGUCGCGAAGCCAUGAGUCUCAUCGCGGGCGCGACGACGCUCGCGAUGUCCAAGCCGGCGUUCGCGGCGUACGGUGACUCGGCGAACGUUUUCGGCGGCGUGUCGAACCCGACCGGUUUCGUCCCGUACGCCGGCGACGGCUUCGCGUUCUUGUUGCCGAGCAAGUACAACCCGAGCAAGGAACGCCCGUUCCCGAACACGGAGUGCUAUUUCGAGGAUAACUUUGACCAAGUGACGAACAUUUCCGUAAUCGCCGAAAAAGCCGAAAAGGGGAGCAUCGACGCGUACGGCAAGCCGGAGCAAUUCUUGGAAAAGCUUGGGUACUUAUUGGGCGUGCAAUCGUACGCCGGGCAAACCCGCUCCGAAGGGGGGUUCGCGGCGAACAAGGUUUCCACCGCCGCCGUGCUCGACGUGUACACGCGCGAAAACAAGGGCAAGACGUACUACCAAUACGAAAUUCUCACGCGCACCGCGGACGGCGACGAAGGCGGACGCCACCAGUUGAUCACCGCCACCGUGAGUGAUGGGAACUUGUACAUCAUGAAGCUUCAAUCGGGUGACAAGCGUUGGUUCAAGGGUCAAGAGCGCGACCUUCGCACCGCGAUGAACUCGUUCACCGUGGCGUAAGCGAGCGCGCCGCUCGCCGCGCCCGCCACACACAUAUAGUUCCGCGACGUUUUAAACGCGAAGCAACCAUAGCACGUGUUAUGAAAGAUGAACAUCACCACAC